GCUCUGCAGUUCACUACAUGGUGAGCUUCUGCCCCUCAGCCCUGCUGUUAUUACUCAUCCGACAUCCGCAGGCACCCCAUCUCACCGUAUCAACAACAGAUGGAGCUUACACAGGGUUUGAUCCGCUUUUCUUACAACAGCAGCGACAACCCAGAGCACUAAUUUCUUUGCUUGUUAAUGUACAUUUUCUGGACGUUGAUUAUUUUUUAAGGAAAUGCGGAGCUUAUGUGCAACGGACGAGGGUGUCCACUAAACGCUUUGAAUCUCGAGCAUCAACAGGGGGUGGGAAUCCCGGAGCAUUACUCUCGUCUCCUAACAGACGAUUUCUUAUGCAAAAGGUGGUUUCUUUCGGCAAGUUUCAGCCAUGCAGGAACUUGUCUGAAGGGGACCCCCCAUAAAUUGUUAUUUUUUAUUUCUAAUUUAUUUUUCAAAUUAUUCUUUUCACCUGGAUAAUAUUCUACAUUUGUUUCGUUCAUCAUGGCUGAAAAGAUUACCUCUGGCCUGACAAAGAACACAUCCAGAUCAACGGCCUCUCUUCCACCAGAGCCGAUGGAAAUUAUUAGGACAAAGUCAUGCUCUCGGAGAGUUAAAAUCAAUGUUGGGGGACUCAAUCAUGAGGUUCUUUGGAGAAUGGAUAGGCUUCCUCGAACCAGAUUAGGAAAGCUGAGAGACUGCAAUACACAUGAAACCUUAAUGGAAAUUUGUGACGAUUAUAACUUGGGUGAAAAUGAAAAUUUUUUUGAUCGACACCCAGGGGCAUUUACAUCCAUCCUUAAUUUUUAUCGGACAGGAAAGUUACAUAUGAUGGAGGAAAUGUGUGCACUGUCAUAUGGCCAAGAACUUGAUUACUGGGGCAUUGAUGAGAUCUACCUUGAAUCGUGUUGCCAAGCUAGGUAUCAUCAAAAAAAAGAGCAGAUGAAUGAAGAGAUGAGACGGGAGGCAGAGACUUUGAGGGAACGGGAAGGCGAGGAGUUUGACAAAACAUGCUGUGCUGAUAAGCGAAAGAAAUUGUGGGCUUUGGAGAAGCCCAAUUCUUCAGUGGCUGCUAAGAUCUUGGCUAUAAUAUCCAUUUUGUUUAUCGUUCUUUCAACCAUUGCACUGUCCCUUAAUACGCUUCCAGAACUUCAAGAAACAGAUGAGUUUGGACAAGCCAGCGACAACCCACAGCUGGCACAUGUUGAAGCAGUUUGUAUUGCAUGGUUUACCAUGGAGUAUCUUCUUCGCUUCUUGUCAUCACCCAACAAAUGGAAGUUCUUCAAAGGCCCCUUAAAUGUCAUAGAUUUAUUGGCUAUUUUGCCAUAUUAUGUCACCAUUUUCCUAACUGAGUCUAACAAGAGUGUGCUUCAGUUCCAGAAUGUGAGACGUGUCGUCCAGAUAUUCCGUAUCAUGAGGAUAUUGAGAAUUCUGAAAUUAGCAAGACAUUCUACAGGAUUGCAAUCUCUAGGGUUCACACUUCGGCGAAGUUACAAUGAACUGGGCUUGUUAAUCUUGUUUUUAGCAAUGGGAAUUAUGAUAUUUUCCAGCCUGGUUUUCUUUGCAGAAAAGGAUGAAGAUGGUACCAAGUUCACCAGCAUUCCUGCAUCUUUCUGGUGGGCCACAAUCACCAUGACUACUGUAGGUUAUGGUGAUAUAUACCCCAAAACACUUUUGGGAAAAAUAGUUGGUGGUCUGUGUUGUAUUGCAGGGGUGCUAGUGAUAGCCUUGCCUAUUCCAAUUAUUGUAAACAAUUUCUCUGAGUUUUACAAGGAACAAAAGAGGCAAGAAAAAGCCAUUAAGAGGCGAGAAGCACUGGAAAGAGCAAAGAGAAAUGGAAGCAUUGUUUCAAUGAACCUCAAAGAUGCAUUUGCACGCAGCAUGGAACUUAUGGACAUUGUGGUGGAAAAAAAUGAAGACAUUAAAAAUGAUAAAGCCCAAGACAACCAUCUUUCACCAAGUAAAUGGAACACAGCCAAGAGUACAUUAUCUGACAAUAGUUCUAACAAGUCCUUUGACACUAAAUACCAAGAAGAAGUUAACGUUGAGUUAAAAGAUUGUCUGACAAACCCUGUAGCAAGCCCACAGCAUCUGAAUGCUCAAAAGUUGGAGGAAAUCUAUAACCAAAUGACAAAAACACAAUCCAGUCCUAACCUAAACACUACAGACAAAGAUAAAACUAAUAAAUCACUGCCACUACAAUUAGAACUUGAAAUGGAACCAGUUCCAGGCCCAGCAGAUCCAUUGUUAAUGGAACACACAGCCACAGGUAUAACUGACAUGCGGAGCAUUUCCAGCAUAGAUAGUUUUGCCAGCUGUGCAACUGAUUUUACUGAAACUGAAAGGUCACCUCUUUCCCUAAUGACUGGUGGUUUCUUGCAGUCAAGGUUUGCAGGUGUUCCUUCACCACUGGAAGGAAUUCCUUCUAUGACCCACGUUGAACUAUCAAAUCAUGCAAAGAGCAGACAAGGUUAUAUCAAUAAGAAUGACAUUUAUGAACUGACUGAGCUGAACAGUGCCACUGGCAUUGAAGACAACAGUGCGUUUUUACGCCAAGUUGAAAAUAUCCGAAGCUCAUUUAAAAGCAAUCCAAUGAAAAACAGAAGUCUAAAAGUUAACUUUGUUGAAGGCGCAAGUGGUGGUCCACCAACGCCUCCAAGCACCACUAGACCAUUACCGGUGACCACAGCAGACUUACAGGCAUCACCUCCUCAGCAUAUCAGUACUAUCCUACUGGAAGAUAAUUCACCUCAGGGAGAGAGGCUGUGCAUUAGCUCUGAUGUAACAACUGUUAGAGAUUCACCACAGGGUGCAAAGAAAGGCUUUUUUGUUUUCCCCUCAAAAGCAAUGAAGAGUUGCAUUGAGGCAAAUAGUGCAGAAAAAGAUAAAAGUGCAGAGGACAGGGAGGUUAGUUUGCACAGCAACGAUCAGGAAGUUGAACUGAAUUGUUCCAAAGAAAACCAUAAGAAGAAACAUCUUGUGGAAGACGUGGCAGCCGUAGGGCCUUCUUCAUCUAACACAACUGGAUAUAAUUGCACCCAAGGUGGUUCUCCCACGGCGGGUGAGGAUAAAAAUGACAAUAACCAAAGUGAACUCAAAGUAGAAAAUCACAUGUUUACGCCUGAAAUCCAUCUAAGGUCAGAAGAAGGAGGUUUCCCUCCAACAUGUGAAACUAGCAUGUGACUAUUGACAUAAAUGUGAACCUGGGACUACAAAACAUGAGAAUAAUAGCACACACACAUGUGCUGACAAGAGUGAUAUUUUUGCAUGGCAUGAGUCAUUUCAUUAAUUAUUAUCUCAAGAUAUAAGAGACUGCUUUUAUUUUUAUUUUAUUUUGGCAGACAACUGACUUGAGACAUAAUUAAACAUAUUAAAAGGCUCUGUUUAGAGCACACAUGUAGCAAUCUGACAUUUGUAAUCAAAAUGUAAAUGUAACCUUUUAUUAUCAUAUUUUGGUAGAUAAUGAAAUGCACAAAAGAUGGACAAAUCUUUAAUGCAUGUCUUUAAAAUUGUACAGUUACUUAACGGUGCUUAGAGUUUGCAGAAUGCAUUUAUUUGUAAAUAGAUCUGGGGAAAAGCAAUGACAAUGCAACUCGAGGUAACAAAAACACAUCUUUUUUUGGAGUGCCGGCAUUUUUGUCUCUGUUCAUUGAAUGGGUUUAACAGAUCCCUGUUAAAAAAGUACAACCAAUGAAAAAAGUUACAUAUCAAUAAGGUGAAGAGGUAAUGAGGCUAAAGUGCAGCUGAGAAUUUCUUUUUGAUUUAGAAGUAGUUUUUACAUCAGUGUAUAAAAAUUAGCAUUGUUAUAGGUGUAAUGACCAUAAGUAGAUUUUGUUAACCGAAAUAACUGUGUUAAAAACCUUUAUAUUUCAUUCAGCACUUCUAGUUGCCAAAAACAUGAAUCAGGAGAGGAAUACCAGAAAUAUGAUGAUGUCAUAAUUGUCUACACAAGUGCAUUACCGCCAUGUGAUUAUUUUACAAGUCAAAGACCUUGG